CACAAUGGAUGAAAGCAGCCUGGAAGAAGCCAUCAAGGCCUACAAUGCUCAGCUUCAGCAGGUGGAUCUGGCGUUAGCUGCUGGUCUGGGUUCAGCUGAGCAGGCUGACCUGGUGAAGCUAAAGGAAGAUCUGCAACAGCUCAUUGAACUAACUGAGUCCAGCCUAGUGUCGAUCAGAAAAAGCCAGUUGCUAGCUUCACUAGAGAAACCCUCAAGGAACCAAAAUGUAACAUCAGUUACUGAAGAAUCGAGUUUGGAUGAUGAGUUUGCAGUGUUCUAUUCUGAACUGUCGGAGGACACUGCUGAGGUCAGACAGAACGCUGAACCUGAUGGAGAUGAGGAACAAGAAGAAAACCAGAUUGAGCCAGAUGAAGAGGAGGAUAUAAGUGGAACAAAAGUGUGUGCACCCUACCGUACCUCGUGGGGAACACUAGAGUACCACAACGCCUUGGUGGUUUGCUCCGAGGAGCCAGAAGGGGAAGAUGCCCGAGUCCGGGUGCUUUACCUCCAUCCCACAAACAAAUCCAUGAAACCCUGUGGAUUCUUCCUUGAAGGUAAGUGCCGUUUCAUGGACAAUUGCAGGUACUCUCAUGGCAUGGUGGUGUGUGUAUCAGAGCUAAGGAACUUCAUGGAAGCGGAUAUUAGUAACAUGGAGUCAGGCUCUGCAUGUUUGGCCAAGCAUGAAGAUGGCAUCUGGUACCCAGCCAGAAUAUCAGAGAUUGAAGGUGGUUUUUACACAGUGAAAUCUGACUCGCUGCUGUUGAAGGAGGCAGUACUGGAAGCUGAUAGGAUCAUCCCUCCUCUUUGUCAGGACGAGUAUUCCUCAUCCUCGGACUCUGAGGAUGAUCCUGACCAGUGUGAUGGUAGCUAUUCUAAAGGUGCUAAAGCGUUAAUUACACCAGAGGAAGAUUUGACCAAGGUAAACAGUACAGAGUUUUGUGGUUGGGAGGCUCACACACGUGGCACUGGCUCCAAGCUCUUGCUGAAAAUGGGUUAUGAGGUUGGGAAAGGUUUGGGGAAAACACUUUCUGGUUGUGUAGAGCCAGUUCAAGCAGUAGUUUUUCCGAAAGGCCGCUUGUUGGACCAGUGUGCUGAGUUGACUCAGAGAAAGACUGCAGCUGCAAUUGCUAAGGAUAACCCAGCCUCUCAUAAACCGAAGGCUAAAAAGAGGAAAAUCCCCACGUCAACACGUCAUAAUGUUUUUGAUUUCCUGAACUCUAAGCUUGGUGAUCAUGCCCAGUCUGCAUCUCAUUCAAGCUCAUCAGUCACUGGCGCAGAGGCCUACAGGGGCGGAAAGAGCACCAAACGCUCCCUGAAUGUUCGUCUCUUCCAAGCCACAGAGAAAGUAGCUCAGACGGAGAGAGAAAUCCAAAGUCUUACCGAGUCUCUCAGAAAACGAAACGGAAGGGAUGCUACAGUGGUCAGUCAAAUAGAGGAGAAGCUCAGCGCCUCUCGCAAGUUGCUGGAGCAGUUGAAGGCUCAUGAGCAGUCCAUCCAGAGAGAACAGAAGAAAGCAGAUACACAUAAGAAAAUGACUGAAAUCUGAGAAAAUAAAACUUCAAAUUGCUGUCAUUUAUGCUGUUAUAUGGUUACAGGGGAUUUUUGUAUAUUUUGCCACACAGCCAGUUAUUGCAGUUCUGUUUAAAUUAAUACUUUUUAUAAAUAUGUGUAUAUGAGAAGUCUGCAUGGAAUUGUUUUUUUUUUUUUUUUUUGCUCUUUUCUGACAGAGAGCAUCUUUGCUUGCUCAAUAUCACAUAAUGGGUUUUUUUUAUCAUUUGUCUUAAUAUUUCAAAAUUUGUCAUGAAAUAUUUUACUGAUCAAGCUCUUUUAGUGUAAACAAGAAUGUUUUAAAACUAAAUAAAAUAGUUAUAAUACAUCCAGCAAUGUUAAAAUUUAAGGUGACCAGGAAAGUAGACUGCGCAAUAGUGUGAAGCUAGCUGCUGCGCCGUAAGCCCUCAAUUGACUGCAAAGUAACAGAAAAAUAAUCACAUUAGUCCUUUCAUUUCUGCAUCGAAUCUAGUUGCACCAUUGGAAUAAAAAAUAUUUAUAUUUAACAGUGAUGCAAACUACUCACCUUUUGCCUAAAGUCAAAUGUUUUAAGCUAAAUUGGCAAUUUUGUCUACAUUUUAUUUAUUCAAAUCAAUUAAAAGGGGUACUUUAAUCUUAAACACUUAAGCUUUAAAUACAACAACUAAAAUUCACU